CAACACUGUACUCACAUAAAAUAAAUAAAUCUUGAAUAAAUAAAAGGAACCUAAAUUUCAUUUCCAGAAUCUAUUUAAACAUUGUCUCUUGUUUCUUGUCUGUUGCAGGUCGUAGGCUGGCUGUAUUGCUUUAAGUAGGGUCUUUAAAAAGACUGUUUUGUGAAUGGGGCAGUGGUUUCCCUGGCCUGUAAUCCCAGUCUUGAGUCUCGAGGGUUUCUCUGUACAUCGUUGACUGGCCUCGAACUCGCUAUGUAGACCAGACUAGUUUAGAACUCAAAGUUACUCCUGUCUGCUCUGGCCUCCCAGUGCUGGGAUUACAGGCUUGGGCUUCUAAAAGAAAUUCAGGUUUGUCACUCAAACAACCCCAACCCACCGCCCGGAGCGUUGGCACCGCCCACAGCAGGGGCGUGGUCACCCCGGCCCGCGCAAAUCUCCUCUCGGGCGGUGGCGCUCUCUGAUGACGUACAGCGCGCGAAGGACUCGUGGGUCUCUGGUGCAGCCUGGCGGGCUUCACGAGCCAAAUUCUGUUCUUAAAGGUCAUCUGUAGAAAUGGCCCCUGUCCUUCACUUUUAUGUCCGACCCUCUGGCCAUGAGGGGGCAGCAUCUGGACGUGUUUUUCGGAAACUACAAGAGAAACUGCCAACACUUCAGAGUGUGGAGACUGAGCUGUGCUACAAUGUCCACUGGGCAGCUGAGACCCUUCCGCGGGCUGAGGAGAUGAGGAAGUUGAUGUGGCUGUUCGGCUGCCCUUUGCUGCGGGAUGAUGUUGCUCAGGAGCCCUGGCUUGUUCCUGGCGCCAAUGAUUUGUUACUGGAGGUGGGACCCAGACUGAAUUUCUCGACUCCAGCAUCGACCAACAUUGUUUCUGUGUGCCAGGCUGCCGGGCUGAGGGCUGUGGGUCGGGUAGAGACCACCCGACGGUACCGGCUUUCGUUUGCCGACCACCCUACGGCUGAAAUGGAAGCCGUCUCUCUGGCUGCCUUGCACGACCGGAUGACAGAGCAGCAUUACCCUGACCCCAUCCAGAGCUUCUCUCCUCAGAGCAUCCCAGCCCCACUCAAGGGCUCCAUCAACAUACUAGCCGAGGGUCGGCCUGCCCUGGAGAAGGCCAACCAGGAGCUAGGUUUGGCUCUUGACUCCUGGGACCUCGAUUUCUAUACCAAGCGCUUUCAGGAGCUGCAGCGGAACCCCAGUACAGUGGAGGUCUUUGACUUGGCUCAGUCCAAUAGUGAGCACAGCCGACAUUGGUUUUUCAAGGGCCAGCUCCAUGUGGAUGGGAAGAAGCUAGUGCGCUCCCUCUUUGAAUCCAUCAUGAGCACUCAGGCAUCCUCCAACCCUAACAAUGUCCUCAAGUUCUGUGACAACAGCAGCGCAAUCCAGGGGAAGAAAGUCAGAUUCCUGCGACCAGAGGACUCUACGCGACCAAGCUGCUUCCAGCAACAUCAGGGGCUUAGACAUGUUGUCUUCACAGCAGAGACACAUAACUUCCCCACAGGAGUGGCCCCCUUCAGCGGUGCAACCACAGGCACAGGCGGCCGCAUCAGAGAUGUCCAGUGCACAGGCCGUGGGGCCCACGUGGUAGCUGGCACUGCUGGCUAUUGCUUUGGAAACCUGCACAUCCCAGGUUAUAAUCUGCCCUGGGAGGACCCAAGCUUCCAGUAUCCUGGGAACUUUGCCAGGCCUUUGGAAGUUGCUAUUGAGGCCAGUAAUGGAGCAUCUGACUAUGGCAACAAGUUUGGAGAGCCGGUGCUGGCUGGAUUUGCCCGCUCUAUGGGUCUCCAGCUUCCAGAUGGUCAGAGACGUGAAUGGAUCAAGCCCAUCAUGUUCAGUGGGGGCAUUGGGUCCAUGGAAGCCAAAGAUGUAGGCAAAAAGCCCCCAGAGCCAGGCAUGGAGGUUGUAAAGGUUGGGGGUCCUGUGUAUAGGAUUGGAGUUGGGGGUGGAGCUGCUUCAUCUGUGCAGGUUCAGGGAGACAACACCAGUGACCUGGACUUUGGAGCUGUGCAACGGGGAGACCCGGAAAUGGAGCAAAAGAUGAACCGUGUGAUCCGGGCUUGUGUGGAGGCCCCAGGAGGAAACCCCAUCUGCAGCCUCCAUGACCAGGGUGCUGGUGGCAACGGCAAUGUCCUAAAGGAGCUGAGUGACCCAGAAGGAGCCGUCAUUUACACCAGCCGCUUCCAGCUAGGUGACCCAACCUUGAAUGCACUGGAAAUCUGGGGGGCUGAGUACCAGGAGUCAAAUGCACUGUUGCUGAGGCCCUCUGACCGGGACUUCCUGAGUCGUGCCAGUGCCCGGGAACGCUGCCCAGCUUGUUUUGUUGGCACAAUCACUGGAGACAAGAGAAUCGUGCUGGUGGAUGAUCGUGAGUGCCUGGUCGGAAAAAGUGGUCAGGGAGAUGCCCCCCUGAGACCUCCAACCCCUGUGGACCUGGAGCUUGACUGGGUGCUGGGAAAGAUGCCUCAGAAGGAGUUCUUCCUCCAGAGAAAACCCCCUGUGCUGCAGCCUUUGGCGUUCCCCCCAGAGCUGAGUGUGCGACAGGCUCUGGACCGGGUCCUAAGGCUGCCUGCUGUGGCCAGCAAACGCUACCUCACUAACAAGGUGGAUCGCUCUGUGGGUGGCCUUGUUGCCCAACAGCAGUGUGUCGGGCCACUGCAGACUCCUCUGGCUGAUGUGGCUGUUGUAGCACUGAGCCACCAGGAGCGCAUAGGGGCUGCCACAGCCCUGGGAGAGCAGCCAGUCAAGAGCCUGCUGGACCCCAAGGCUGCUGCCAGGCUUGCUGUGUCUGAGGCCCUCACCAACCUGGUUUUUGCUCCUGUCACCGACCUCCGAGAUGUGAAGUGCAGUGGGAACUGGAUGUGGGCAGCCAAGCUCCCAGGUGAGGGUGCGGCGCUGGCCGAUGCCUGUGAGGCUAUGGUGGCAGUGAUGGCAGCACUGGGUGUGGCAGUAGAUGGUGGCAAAGACUCCCUCAGCAUGGCUGCCCGAGUCGGCACUGAGACCGUGCAGGCUCCUGGGUCCCUGGUCAUUUCAGCAUAUGCUGUCUGUCCAGACAUCACAGCCACUGUGACCCCGGACCUCAAACGCCCUGGAGGGAAAGGUCAUUUGCUCUAUGUGCCUUUGAGCCCUGGGCAGCACCGGCUGGGGGGAACGGCUCUGGCCCAGUGUUUCUCUCAGCUCGGGGAGCACCCUCCUGAUCUAGACCUUCCCGAGAACCUCGUGCGUGCCUUUCAUAUCACCCAGGGGCUACUGAAAGACUGCCGUCUUUACUCAGGCCAUGAUGUCAGCGAUGGGGGGCUUGUCACCUGCCUUCUAGAGAUGGCCUUUGCUGGGAACUGUGGGAUAGAGGUAGAUGUACCCGCCCCUGGGAUCCAUGCAUUGCCUGUGCUGUUUGCGGAAGAGCCGGGUCUGGUGUUGGAGGUACAGCAGGCAGAUGUGGCCGGAGUACGGCAGAGGUACGAGAGCGCUGGCCUGCAGUGUCUGGAACUGGGCCACACGGGCGAGGCUGGACCCCAGGCCAUGGUCCGAAUAUCAGUGAAUAAGGCUGUGGUAAUAGAGGAGCCUGUUGGGGAGUUAAGAGCCCUCUGGGAGGAAACAAGUUUCCAGCUGGACCUACUGCAGGCAGAGCCGCGCUGUGUGAUGGAGGAGAAACAGGGCCUGAAGGAGCGGACAGGGCCCAGCUACUACCUGCCGCCCACCUUUCCUAUGGCCUCUGUGCCCUGUCAUCCUGGUGGUCCUGUCCCUCGAGUUGCCAUCUUGCGAGAAGAGGGCAGCAAUGGAGACCGAGAAAUGGCCGAUGCCUUUCACUUGGCUGGCUUUGAGGUGUGGGAUGUGACCAUGCAGGAUCUCUGCUCUGGGGCCAUCAGGCUGGACACAUUUCGUGGUGUGGCCUUUGUGGGCGGCUUCAGCUAUGCAGACGUCCUGGGCUCUGCCAAAGGUUGGGCAGCUGCCGUGACCUUUAAUCCACAGGCCAGGGAAGAGCUGGGCCGCUUCCGCAGGCGGCCGGACACCUUCAGCCUGGGCGUGUGCAAUGGCUGUCAGCUGCUGGCUCUUCUGGGCUGGGUGGGAAGUGAUCCCAGUGAAGAGCAAGCUGAGCCAGGCCACGACUCCCAGCCAACACAGCCAGGCCUCCUGCUCCGCCACAAUCUGUCUGGGCGGUAUGAGUCCCGAUGGGCCACCGUACGUGUGGAGCCGGGGCCAGCCCUGAUGCUCCGAGGGAUGGAAGGCUCUGUGUUGCCCGUGUGGAGUGCUCACGGAGAAGGCUACAUGGCAUUUUCUUCUCCUGAACUCCAAGCCAAGAUCAAGGCCAAGGGCUUGGUUCCUCUGCACUGGGCAGACGAUGAUGGGAACCCCACAGAGCAGUACCCUCUGAACCCCAAUGGAUCUCCAGGGGGCAUAGCUGGUGUCUGUUCCCAAGACGGCCGCCACCUGGCACUCAUGCCACACCCUGAGCGGGCUGUAAGGCUUUGGCAGUGGGCAUGGCGACCCUCUCCCUUUGAUGGUCUUCCCACCUCCCCAUGGCUGCAGCUCUUCAUCAAUGCUAGGAACUGGACCCAGGAGGACAGCUGCUGAGGAGGCUGUGUGACCACCCUGGCCCACAGCUCACCCUUUGACUCUGUUGCCUUCUUUCCCCAUUGCUUUCAGGAGUAUCCCCAUGUGAUUUCCAAAAGCAUCUUAGACAGCAAGAGCCAAAAUGCUGGGACGGCCUCAGCUGCGUUGCUCAGUUUAGCCUUGCCCCUGCAGGAGCUGCUUUUUUGUUGUUGUUUUGGUUUUUUCGAGACAGGGUUUCUCUGUGUAGCCCUGGCUGUCCUGGAACUCACUUUGUAGACCAGGCUGGCCUNGAACUCAGAAAUCNGCCUGCCUCUGCCUCCNGAGUGCUGGGAUUAAAGGCGUGUGCCACCAUCCCUGGAACUGCUUUCAGGUCUUGAGUUUAGCUUAGAUCUCCAGCAAGCAGUUCAGGCUCCAAGGACCUCUGACAGUGCAGGGGGUGGGCAAAGAUUUACUGGCAGUCCUUCUGGGAUCAUUACCUUGUGAUCCUUCAUUCUCUUGGUUAGAGCUCUGAGUGAGCUCUCACGACCCUGUUUUCUUUGGCUUUGUGAGACUGGCUUUGAGUCUAUAACCCAGGUUGGCCCAAAACUCAGAAUUCUUUAGCGUUAGCCCGGGUGAGUGCCAAGGUGCUUAGGGUCUAGGAAUAAUGUACAUUGGUCCCUCCCAGCCUCUGCUCUCAGCUGAAAAGAGCGGCUUUCUGAAUCCCUCUUCAGACAUGCCCUGCUAGUUGUUAGGAAUCAUUGCUUCUGGCCAUGCUCAAGGGGCCGACCUGUGCCUACCUCAGAUCACAUUCCUGAUUCUUGCUUCUCUUAAUUUAGCAGCCACCUUAAAGUAGAUAACACCUUCCUUCUUAGAGCAGAGAGCCCUGAGCUACUGGAGUUUGUUUUUUCUUGUUUUGUUUUUUCAAGAUAGGGUAUAUAUUUUUUUAUUUUAUUUUAUUUUUUUAAUGUGUAUGUAGCCCUGGCUGUCCCGGAACUUACACUGGCCUUGCACUUGGAGAUCCAUCUUCGUGCUGGGGUUAAAGGUGUGCGCCAUUACCGCCUGGCCAUUCACUUUUCUUGUUGCUUCAUCAGUAAUGGUGCCUGACACUGGUACUGACCUAGUGGAGUUUGUAGUCUUAAUAGGGCUAGAAUAAUAGCUCCUUAGCCUGUACCGCCAAGCUAAGUAGGUGCCGGGUAACUUAGUGUCGGACAUAAAGAUUAAGGUAUUUGAGAGGCGUUUCCCAGUUAGCAAAGUUUAAUGAUAAACUGUCUCCGAUUGGUUCCAACUUGAAAAGGGCAGCAAGGCGCCCCACCCGCCCAGCUCCAUCUGCUUUUGAAGAGCCUGCAGUCACAGAUCAUUUCUUGGUAGUAGCUGUUGUACCGACAGCCACCUCCCACCAUCCCUUGUUUCCUACUUGUACGGUAGACUCGGGUAGCCCCUAAGAAGCUGGGUCAUGAUUAAAGGAGUUUCCUUAUAAAAACAGACUGACGUGUUGGAUUUCUAAAUAUUUCAGGGUUUGGGGGAAUGCAGAACACUUGUGCUUCUGCAGAAGCAGCACCCCGAAAAGGUACUAAUUGUGAGUAGGUGUUAAGUUGCAGGUUGUAUGUCCGUCUGAGUAGUAGGACACUUACUUGCCUAGUAUCUGUGUGUGUCCUGAGUUUGAUCUCCCUCCAGCACCACAAAAGGAAGAUGUUUGGAGAUGGGGAGUCAGAUCUUUUUCCUUAUCACUAUGCAGAAUAACUUUUCCUCACUAGAGUGAUUCUGAGGGUUUUGUUUGUGUUUUCAGACCCAGGCUGUCCUGGCUGGCUUUGAACUCAUGUAGCUGAGAGUAGUCUUGAAAUCAUGGUCUUGUUCCAAGUGCUGGGUUCUGACCUGAGUACCAUUUUGGACAUGUGAACAUUCCCUUUGAUGCUGUAGAAGAACAUAUAUUUUGCUUAUGAUGGCACACGCCUUUAAUCCCAACACUUAGGAGGCAGGGGCAGGUGGAUCUUUGUAA